AUGUCAGAGCCAGUGUGUAUUUCUGAUUUUGAAAAUCAUGCCAAAGAAUUUCUCCCAAAGAACGCCUGGGAUUAUUAUAGUUCUGGAGCGAACGAAGGGAAUACAUUGAGAGAGAACAGAUGUGCUUUUGACAGGUACGAAAUAUAUUUGUCGGUUUAAAGAAUAUUAAUUUAAAAACUUGCUCAAUUUGUUGACCUUCCAUCUAUACUCACAUUACGUCAUUUCAUCAAUUUGUAAAGUUUAUUUUUUUAUUAAUUUGGUAAGGUGUUGUGCUUCAGUUAGACUAGGUGUAGGGUUUGUGUUAGUUACAUUGCCAUUUAACACCAUCUUCCGAAAAUGAUGUCCUGUCUGUUUGGUGGUUGGAAACAAGUGCUGACCUUUGUGUACAUUAUGAUUGAAGUAAUUAGAAUUAAUUAGAAUAUUUAGAAAUUAAUUUCUAACAGGCCAAUAUGUGUAUAUUUUUCCACAGACUGAGGUUGCGUCCUCGUGUGUUGCGAGAUGUUUCAACCAUUGAUAUGUCCACAACAAUCCUUGGAGAGAAAAUUGAUUUUCCAAUUUGUGUCGCACCAACUGCCAUGCAGAAGAUGGCGCAUCCUGAUGGAGAAAUUGCAACAGCGAAAGGUAGUUCACUCUGAGCUAGAUUUCAUUGCCCCUAGGCCCCACCCCCAAAUGGCCAUGCACCGAGUAUAAGAGAAAAUAGCCUGGGUAUGAGGUUGCCCCCAGGACUGUCUCUUGGAUCGAUAGUAGAAAAUGAACCCCUUUUAUUUUGUUCUCCGGUAGUCAAAUUUGUGAAUUAAGCUGCCUUAACCCUUGGCAGCACUGUCUUGACGAGUAAAAUCAUCUGGCAUAAGACAGAGUAAAAUAAUAAAGUAGGGUGCAUUCUGUGCACAAAAGUGCAAAGAUAUCCAGGGUGAGUUUGGCAAACUACAAUACUAUCUAUAGUUAAUAUUAGUGUAUCUUUGGCAUAGAGUUUACACAUGGAAUGCACCCUGGCUUGGCACAUUCCCACUUAAAUUAAGGGUUAACAGGGUGCAUGGGUGGAUAGUCUGAUUAAGGCCAUUUACUCUACACAACUCAAGCUUGCUAAAACUGUCGCAUGCAACCUGCUUACAACUUGAGUUGUACUGUGUAAAUCAAACACACAACUCACCUACGGCAAUGUAUUAAGUGAGUUAUUUGCUUGAUUUACACCAACGGUUUUCAACUUGGGGGACAUGUCCCCGAGAGGGGACAUUUGGCAAAUUCCUAGGGGACACAAACUGGUCUAGGACUGAGAAAACAAUAGUUGAAUACAAUAGUUGAAUACAAUAGUUUGUACUAUAAACAUGUUUGCUUGACUUUCUAUCUACCAGUAUUAUUUAAAAUUUAAAUCAUUUACUAUUUUACUAACUAUUUUGAAAUUCGUGUUUUUGAUAGACUUCAGUGGGCAAUUUCUGUUCAGGGGACAUGGUAAUUCAAUCAUGUGAAAUCGGGGACAUAUGAGAAAACCAGUUGAAAACCGUUGAUUUACACAGUACAACUCAAGUUGUAAGCAGGUUGCAUGCGACAGUUUUAGCAAAAGUUGUGAAGAGUAAAAAAUAAUAUGGGUUUUAUUAAAGGGCAAGGUAGUUCCCAACAGGGGAGGGGAGUUGUAUACUAUUUUGAUUGUUUCACCCUACAGUAGAAUUAUUUUAAUUGUUCUCUAGCUGUUGGCCAAGCUGGUACAUGUAUGACUUUGAGUUCAUGGUCAACAUCGACCAUUGAAGAUGUUGCAAGUGCCUCUUCUGGAUUAAAAUGGUUUCAGUUGUAUGUCUACAAAGAUCGAGAUGUUACAAUAGACUUGAUAAGAAAAGCAGAGAGGGCAGGUUUCAAAGCUAUUGCGGUGACUGUGGACACGCCAUUCCUCGGACGAAGGUAUGCUGAUGUGCGCAACAAGUUUGGGUUACCCCCUCAUUUGACGUUAGCCAACUACACCGACAGUUAUGCAACUGGAGUCAAAAGUAACAAGGAUUCGGGAUUAGCGAAGUUUGUGGCAUCAUUGAUCAAUUCAUCUCUAACAUGGGAUUUUAUUCCGUGGUUAAGAUCGGUGACAAAGUUACAGAUUGUCUUAAAAGGCAUUUUGAAUGCAGAAGAUGCAAGGUUGGCAGUGCAGUAUGGCAUUGAUGGUAUCUUAGUUUCAAAUCAUGGUGCACGACAACUUGACACUGUGCCUGCUACGGUAACUGUUGCUAACUUUUAGUGUUCAACUGUUGAAACUUAGGAGCAACAUCUCUCAAAUUUAUUUAUUUACCUCAAAAUUUUACUGUGGGUUGAUCAGCAUUUGUGGUGUCAUGCUCACUACACUUGCCCUUUCAAGAUUGGGUUCAAUCCUUGGUAAGACCCUAGUCAAAGUGCUACCUUUAUAUUGACAUCAAUAAAUGGUUAGAUGUUUGUGUCUUCUUGGAUAAGGAUGUUAAAUUGUAGGUACCUUGGAUCCCCAAUCAAUUGGGCAAUAGCCUGGUGGGAAAUCUGUUCAUCAAUGAGUGAGAAACUCAGUAAACAAUGACUCAGCUACAUUCAUGUAUUUUAGAUUGAAGUGUUGCCAGAGAUAGUGUCUGCAGUUGAUGGGAAAUGUGAAGUAUAUUUAGAUGGUGGUGUGAGGUUUGGUACAGAUGCUUUUAAAGCUUUAGCUCUCGGUGCAAGAGCUGUCUUUGUAGGAAGACCUGUUUUAUGGGGACUGGCGUAUCAGGUAGAGUAUAAAGAUUUUCCUAAUUAUUUUUACCAGCCGUACAAGAAUUUGAAAAUAAUCGAUUCUUGUCUCUCCAGGGUGAAGAAGGCGUUGCCAAAGUUCUACAGAUCUUCAAAGAUGAAUUUAAAUUAGCCAUGGGACUUACAGGUAAGGAUGUAUAAUUUGACAAAGAUAUUUCACAUACAUAAUCCUUACGUCACACAAUUUUCAAUGUGGGAUACAUGUGGGUCAAAUUUUUUUUGUGAUAUGACGUAAUGACUUCGGAAGGUCAACUAUUAAUUGUAGUGAACAUUUUUAAAAUUUUUCUUCUAAAUAUUUAUAGGAUGUUGCAGUGUUCAAGAUAUUUCACCAGACAUGGUCACUCAUGAAACGCAAUACUCAAAACUUUGA